AUGGAUCUGAUGGAUGGAUUCUAUCAGAUCCUCGUGCGUGAACGGGACAUCCCGUACACCGCAGUGAGCACCAUCAGUGGUAUGCUCUGGGAGUGGGUAGUGAUGCCACAGGGGCUAAGUAACGCCCCUGCAACGUUCAACAGUUGUGUUACGAAUCUGUUGCGAUCGGUGAGAGAUUUUGCACCGAGUUACUUUGACGAUGUCUUCGUCUAUAGCCGGGCUAUGGAUGAAAAGUCGGACGUGGAGGUGCAUAUAAUCCACUUCCGGAAGGUUCUUACUCUUUUGCGAGAGCAAAAGUUGUUCGCUAACCUCAAGAAGUGCAUAUUCACAGCAAACAAAAUAUCACUUCCUGGCAGCAUCGUGGGUAAAAUCAGCGUACGCCCUGAUCCAGAAAAGACCAAGGCGAUUAGCGACUGGCCUGUGCCAGUCGACGUCAAGGUACGGCGAAAGUCCCUUGACUUAGCGGUGCACUUGCACAAGUACUCGCGCAACUACGCUGAGAUGAACGUACAUCUCUCUCGUCUGUUUAAGAAAAAUGAGAGGUGGUCAUGGAGUACUGUUUGUUAG